CUCAGGGUUCCAGUUCUGCCCCUUGACUCCAUGCUAGUAUGUGAUGUGCGUUGACGGCCGAGUGCCCUUCUCUAGAACCAAAGUUGUUGAGCAGCAUGGCACACCAUUUAAGGAAAUGAACCCACAAGCCCUGUGAGAUUUUGGUACAGCAAGGCUUCUACACGCAACAAAGUGACAGAGGAACUGGACCAGUUUAGAACUGGACGUUGACCAGUAUCUGCCAAAACAAGGCCAAGGCAGCAGGGUACACCCACUUUAAGGUGAAUGCGAAGGAGGUUUGAAAGGGGGAGUGGCCUGCGGGCAGUUUCCUUCCUGAGAUGUCCCUCAGACAGGCCGACGGGAUGUCCCUUGCCCAGGCGCUGGCCAUGACUGUGGCAGAGAUCCCUGUCUUCCUCUACUCCACGUUUGGACAGUCCAUAUUCUCCCAGUUGAAGCUGAGUCCCAACCUGAAGAAGGUGCUGUUUGCCACAGCUCUGGGCAGCGUGGCUCUGGCGCUCACCGCCCACCAGAUGAAGAGGAGGGGGAGGAAGAGGAAGCAGGUCACGCAGAGCAAAGACGUGCAGAAGAAUGGGGCUGGGAUGCUUGAGAUGCCGAUGAGGACGGGCAGAACCUCGUCGCUUAAGAGAGGUCCGUUUCCUGGUCGUCCAAGCCCGAGCAUGCGCAGCAAUGACACCAUGAGUGGAAUCUCCUCUCUGGCGCCCAGCAAACACUCAAGCUCCUCCCACAGCCUGGCGUCGAUGCGGGCCCCUCUCUCUCCAAACCAUUCAGUGACCCCGGCGGCGCCGUGGGACGCGGAGCCCGUAGCGGAGGAGACCGGCUCAGCGGAGGACGCCAACGCAGAGAACCUGUACAUUAUGGGCAUGGAGCUGUUUGAGGAGGCCCUUCAGAAGUGGGAGCUGGCCCUGAACAUUCGCCACCACAGCCGCUCCUCCUCCAGUAACAGCCUGGCCCUGCAGGGGGCGGCGGCGUGCGCGGAGGUUCCUUUGCUUCAGGCCGAGGCCCGCCACAAAGGCUUUGCAGAGAAGUUGGAGACCCUCCUCCACCGGGCGUACCACCUGCAGGAGGACUUCGGCAGCUCCAUCCCUCCAGACAGCCUCCUGGCUGACUUCGAAAGCGAAGGUACCCUGAUCCUGCCUCGAAUCGAGAGCUCUCAGAGACAGGGCGAGGACGACACCACCACCAUCACCUCUGAUGACUCCUUCUUCUCGGCCGCAGAGCUGUUCGAUGCCAUGUCCCUGGAGGAGGCGUACCAGCCCUUGAAGCAAGCUGCUCUCUAUGAAGAGGCGCUGGGUCUAGUGCGGGAGGACAAGGUCAUCUUCCGCUCCCUCCGAACUGAACUGCUGGAGUGUUACGGUGACCAAGACUUCCUCGCAAAACUUCAUUGUGUGAGGCAAGCAUUCCAGGUUCUUCUAUUGGAUGGAACUCAACGCACGUUCUUCAUGGAGACGGGGAAACAGAUGAUCGCAGGCCUGAUGGUAAAAGCCAACAAGAGUCCAAAAGGUUUCCUGGAGAGCUACCAGGACAUGCUGCUGUACACCCAGAGAGAGGACACGUGGCCCAUCACCAAGAUGGAGCUGGAGGGCCGAGGGGUGGUGUGCAUGAACUUCUUUGACAUCGUGCUGGACUUCAUCCUGAUGGACGCCUUCGAGGACCUGGAGGAGCCGCCGUCCUCUGUGGUGGCCGUGCUGAGGAACCGCUGGCUCUCCGAGAGCUUCAAGGAGACGGCGCUGGCUACGGCUUGCUGGUCCGUCCUCAAAGCCAAGCGGCGGCUACUCAUGGUUCCUGACGGCUUUAUCUCUCACUUCUACGCCAUAUCGGAGCACGUGAGCCCGGUCCUCGCCUUCGGGUUCCUGGGGCCGAGGCAGCAGCUCAGAGAAGUGUGCACCAUCUUCAAGCAACAAAUUGUGCAGUACCUGAAGGACAUGUUUGACCACGACAAGGUGCGCUUCACCUCCGCCCCGUGCCUGGCCCAGGACAUCCUGAGCCUCUCCCACCGCCGCAGCGACAUCCUGCUGGGGUACCUCGGCAUCGACGGCCUCCAGGAGCUCAACGGAGCGCUGCCGGCCACAGACAGCUCCCCAGGGUCCUAGAGCCCGCCCGGUGGGGCCAGUGGACGCUGGGCCGCUACAUGUACAUAGGACUGAGGCUUUGAGAAGAAAAGAAAGAAAUGGACAACAGGCUGCUGUUUGUACAACGUCGUUUUAAUCCAAACUGAUGCAUCCGACUAUAGACCAAACCCGUCCCUCGGGUUUGUUUACGGUCAUACAAUACUGUAAUAAAAGAAAGACGUAAAAAAGGUUUUAAAUAAGAAAACGAUGAAGAUGAGGAGCCUGGACGUGCUGCACGGUGUCCAUGUUUCUCUACAAACUGUUUAUCAACAAGGAAGUCCCAAAAAUCGGUGUUUGAUUGAUUUAGAUUGUAUCUGAAACCUCUGAUCCUCAGUGGUCACCCUACCCCACUGCCGGAGCACUAUUUACAUUGCAUCAAGUGUAUGCUGCAUACCCCCCCCUGUGUCACAACUGGUGGCUUGUCCGUCACACCUCUAGUUUGAUCAGCGACCUGAAUGUUAUUUACUAUUUAUUCCAUUUCCCCUUGUGUUUAAGGGACACAUUUGUCCGUGGAGAAGUUCUAUAUUUGUAAUAAAGGCUUCGUCCUUGGUAAAAAUGUUUUUGAUAAUUUCCAAGUCAAUCAAACUUCAAUCAUUGAUAUUUCAACUGAUUAACUGUUAUAAUAUAUUGCAGCAAUGGAAAAACAUAAACCAAGUUGUUAAGGGAAAUAUAUGAUUGAAAUGUUGUGAUGCAUAUUUUUUUUCCAUAAAAGAAUCACUCACUAACUGAUUUUAUUCCACCCAUAUGUCCUGCCUGCUUUUUCUGUGGCCUCUUAACUGUUGGUAAAACGGCCUGCACUGAGAUUGCGGGGUAAAGAAACAUUUUAUUGUUACUGUCAGUGGAUCAGGUGUUCAACUAGUACUUUUCUCAGACUUUCCAAUGUUCUCUGUUCCAAUAUGUGCUUUGGCAGUAGCAUUCCCCAAGUCCCGGCUUAACCUUUUCUUAUAGAGAAUGGUCAUUCUCUUGGGGAGAUGGAAUUGGUCAGUUCUAUAACUCAUUUGUAAGUUAUGAUAAUGACAAUAGUUAAGUAUUCUAGUUACUUUUUAAGUGAGUGGGUACAUCAUAUCUCAGAAGUGCUUGUACAUAUGUAUGUCGUAGUGUGAUUCUAUUGGUUUAGAAAAUUUAAAGAAUACUUAGAAUUACUAUUUUCCCACACAAUGUAUUGCUACUUCCAACGAAAAAAUACUUGUUUACUACCUUGAACCGUUUAGGAGAAAGGUGGCAGAUUACAAACGGCCAUUUAUCUUGGUAGAACUAUCACGUCAGCUCGUCAGAUGCACAGAACAGGGCAUAAUAGUGUGAACUAAAAAGACUGAUUGGUACCAGAAAUGUUAUGAUACUGAAGGAAAGGAUUCCCUAACUGAAGAAUACAUUGUUGUAUUUCGAAAAUAUCUGGUCAACUUCCCAACUUUUCAACUACAUCUUCUUAAUAGGUUCAUUUAAAUGAUACUGCACUUGUAACCAUGAGGAGAUCUCUUGAAAACCAUUCUUCGUUUCUUAGAGUAAGCUUAUGGUGUCACCGCCCAAUUGUUGAUAACAAGUCAUUUGUGAUUGCAAGGUAUCCACGCUUGAAACUGAACGGUAACUAUGAGAACUUUAUAAUUAUGUAUUUGCUGAAAGACAAUUCCUGAAAAACUCAAGAAAUAAUCUUGACUCAUAAAUCCCAUAAACAGUUUCAUGAUUUUUACUUUUCA